AUGAUGUUAAUUUGGUGUGCAUGUAGUAUGCAAGUAAUAUAUGCAAGUAAGAAUCUAGUGAGCAGUUCGAUGCUUCCGGAAAAGAAGAUCCGUUCAUUCAUGGGGCAAAUCCCGAGCGGCAGAAAUAGAGCCAAAGCUGAGAGUUGUAUUUGUGCUAUGCGUUUCCGUCAGUUGCGACAUGGCAAAAAAAACGGUGUGGUUUCUGACUUACAGAGGUGCUCAAUGGUUCCAUCUUCUUUAGUACUCGAAAUCGGCAGUUCCGCGAUGGCUAUAUUUUUCCGAGAUCUACCACAGAAGUACGGGUCGUCGACUCAUUUGACUGAUCAAACUCCCGUCUCUUUUCCAACAGCUCUUUGA